CGUUUGGCCAGUCUGUUCAAUACGUUCGCCGGCCACGUGCGAAACAGUCGAAUCGUUUUUGGUUUAAGUCAUAAUUUCUACGCGUUCAGUUCGUGCGGUACAAAAAAAAAAUAAUUUCAAUCUUCAAGUCCGUUUGCGCGUGCCCUGACUUGGAUGUCCGCCGUCAAUCCUCUGUGGGCACAGUACUGAUAUAGUUUUUGGAAUAUACACCUACCUAGUGCUUAAGCACUAGUUCACACCGAGAUGACUUGCGGCAUCGAGUUCAUUGACAAAUGGCUGACCAAAGCGUUCUACAGGCUCGGCCACGUAGUAGCCAGACAUCCGGGAUACUUUUUGAUGGUGCCCGUUUUUUUGUCCCUGAUCUGCAUCACGGGGUUCCAGAGGGUCCAGUUCGAAAUCGACCCCGAAUACUUGUUCAGUCCCGAACACGGGCCUGGCAAGACCGAACGAGCAAUGGUCGAGAGUCAAUUCAAAAUGAACUACUCGUCACUUUUCAAUCCUUCUCGAAUCACCAGACCAGGACGUUAUGGCCGUGUAAUCGUCACUCCCAAACACGGUGACGACAUGCUAACGGUGGAGAUAUGGAAAGAACUUCGGACGUUGGACGGCUUGAUAAGGAACACGUCGUUCACUUGGGGAUCCGAGCACACCGUGUACAGGUAUGACGAUAUUUGCGCAAGGUGGAUCGAUCAGUGUUUUCCCAACGACAUCUUAAACCUGGACUACGUGAUGCACGACGUGGUCAACGGGUCGGUCAAACUAACUUUCCCCAUAAUGUUCAACCCAGUCACUUGGGACGCGCACACUUUUCCCGUUUACUUUGGCGGCACCGAAAUCGACGAGAACGGCAUCAUCACUAGAGUGCCCGCGUUGCAGCUGGUCUACUUUGCGUCGGCCGACACCAAAGCUCAGGACCAAAGGGGUUCCAUGUGGGAAGACAAGUUCCUGGAGGCCGUCGGCAAUGCCGAAGAUUUCGGUAGGUUUCAGCACAUAAGCACAGCUCGGUUCGCGUCCCGGACUAUGGACAUCGAACUGGAAAACAACACCAGGACCGUGGUGCCGUAUUUCUCGUCGGCUUUUGCGCUCAUGGCCGUGUUCUCUGUGGUCACUUGCAUGAUGACCGACUGGGUGCGAAGCAAACCAGUGCUGGGUCUGAUGGGCAACGUGUCGGCCGCAAUGGCCACGAUAGCCGCUUUCGGGUGUGCCGUCUACGUCGGCAUACCGUUUAUCGGCAUCAAUUUCGUAUCGCCAUUCCUCAUGUGCAGUAUCGGCAUCGAUGACACGUUCGUUAUGUUGGCAGCGUGGAGACGGACACCCGUCACCUUAGACGUGCCCGAAAGGCUGGCAAGAACCCUGUCCGACGCCGCCGUGUCUAUUACCAUUACUUCGGUCACGGACAUUGUCAGUUUCUGCAUCGGCAAGUUCAGCCCUUUUCCGGCCAUACAGAUCUUCUGUUUGUAUUCCGGAUUUGCCGUUUGCUUCAUAUUCGUGUGGCAUCUGACUUUCUUCGCCGCGUGCAUGGCUAUUGCGGGAUACGCCGAACAGAGCAACCGGCAUUCGAUCGUUUGCAUCAAAGUCAAGCCAGUGUCCAUGUCAGAUAAAAAGUCCUGGCUGUACAGAACGUUUUGUUCGGGCGGAGUGAACCCCAAGGACCCGGACAACCCCCGGGACAAUCCGGACAACGCCAUAAUGGUGUGGUGCCGCGACAGUCUGGGUUGGGCUCUGAACCAGUGGUAUGUGAAAGUUUUGGUGCUGCUGGUGUUCGCUGGAUACUUGGCCGGGGCCCUGUACGGCACGACCACCAUACAGGAAGGACUGCAAAGGAGGAAGCUGUCCCGGCCGGAUUCGUAUUCCAUCGAUUUCUACGAUAAGGACGACUUCUACUUCAGGGAGUUUCCCUACAGAAUCCAGGUGAUAAUAACCGGCGAACUAGACUAUUGGGACGCGCGAGUCCAGGAUCAGCUGGAGAACUUAACGUCGACAUUCGAAAAUUCCCGGUUCAUAUCCAGUCCUCUGUACACCGAAUCGUGGGUCAGAUCUUUCGUCAACUACGUGAACAGGAACCGGCAGCAACUCAACAUCACCAUAGACACGAGAGAAUCGUUUUUGGAAACGCUUACCGACUUGUGGCUGUUCAAACCCAACCCGUUCUCGCUGGACGUUAAGUUCAACGAGGAAGGCACGAAAAUCGUCGCAUCCCGGCUCAUGAUUCAAGCGGUCAACAUCAGCGAUGGCAACAUGGAGAAGGACAUGGUCAGGGAACUCCGAAGAAUCGCCCACGAAUCGCCGUUCAACGUUACCGUGUUCCAUCCGUACUUUGUGUUCUUCGACCAGUUCGAACUGGUACGUCCCACGUCCAUCCAGUCCAUGCUGGUCGGAGGGGCCACCAUGAUGCUGAUAUCGUUUUUGUUCAUACCCAACGUGCUGUGCUCGCUGUGGGUGGCCUUCUCCAUAGUGUCCAUCGAACUGGGCGUGGUCGGCUACAUGGCCCUGUGGAAAGUCAACCUGGACUCCAUUUCCAUGGUCAACCUGAUCAUGUGCAUAGGGUUCUCGGUGGACUUCACCGCGCACAUAUGCUACGCGUACAUGUCGUCCAAGGCGGCCUCACCCAAGGAACGCGUCCGGGAGAGCCUGUACGCCCUGGGGUUGCCCAUCAUCCAGGGGGCGAUCAGCACCAUACUCGGCGUGGCCGCGCUCAUCUUGGCCGGAAGUUACAUAUUCAUGGUCUUCUUCAAGAUGAUCUUCCUGGUAAUCGUGUUCGGCGCGCUGCACGGCAUGUUCCUGUUGCCGGUGCUGCUGUCGCUGUUCGGACCCGGAGCCUGUGGCGGUGGAGCGAAAUCCGAAAAGCGCCGUACCGCCGGCCACCACAAGUCGUUCGUCCACCCGUACAGCAUACCACACCCGUCGUUGCGUCAUCCGACCGAGAUCAACAAGAGCCCGAAUUACCGACCUGCGGCGGGCGUCGUGCAUGCCAAAGCGGACAAGGACUUGGGUUUGGGCACGUCGGACGACUCCAGCGAGGGCAAUUCGUCGAGAACGCAGCGCAAACGAAGGGAAGCGGCCGAAGACGAAGCGCAGAGACGCAGAUACAUGGAAGGCUGGAGGAAAGCCACGGGACACACGGUACCGGCGCCCGUGUCGUACAAGUCGGGCUACCCGAACGGUGGUUACACCAGCGACGACGACCGUCACCGAGGUUACGUUUCCGACAACUUUGGCAGGCCCGUUCGACCUCAUUACUACGACGACCGACCGUACAGGAGCGACGGACGUCACCACUAGACACCACUAUUAACCUCACUCAUCGUGAUGGCCGACUAAAUGUGUAAAUAAUACUAACAUAAUAUUGUUUUAAGUAGAACAAUAGUCGUCUCGUUUCGUCGACGAAAACGACAAAAUAGUCGAUGAUUUUUAAUUAUUUUCUUUUAGAUAUAAUUAUGUUUAACGAUAUUUUCGUUUAUCUAUUUUAGUUUUUGUUGAUCAAAACUUAUAUACUUACUUGCUCAAAAAAAAAAAAAAACUUCCAACGUACCUAGAAGUUAAAUAAAAUAAUUGUAAAUACAUUAUUAUAUUGAUUAUGUAUAUAUAGUCUGACGUUACCUUUAGUUUCUUUUUUAGCACGUAAUGUACAUGUUUUUUU